AUGGCAAUUGAAUCAGCGCUACAGCGCGCAGACCAAUAUAUUCAAAAGCAAAUGCACAAAUUCGAGCAACAAAGAAGGGGAAGAACCAGUCAAUCGAGGGUGUAUGCUGGCUACGGUCAAUUACCCCCACAGGAAAGCCAUGUCUUCAUCUGCCCAUCAUCUCAGGUCUACGAUAGCCUUGCGGGCCCGCCACACACACCACCUGAAGGUCCCAUAGCAUCGCCAUGCUGGAGACAAGAGUUUGACACGCGGAACCAACGCGGGUACUACACCGAUUUUUCAACAGGACUUUCGCAACGGGAGUCACCAUACUCGCAGCCGUUUCAAAUACCACAUCGCUCACAGACCUUCGUUGAUCAUCCUUCCUGCAACAAACCGGCAGAGCAUCGUGACCAUGAUCGGUGGCCCCGCCAACGAGGGCGAUCAUUUUCACAGCCACAAACGCCCAUAUCAAGUGCAAGUGGACAAAUGUACUUGAGCGUUGCUAAACCAGAGAGAAAUGCGUCUUCACAGAGCCCGAAUCGCCGGUUAUCAGGGAGCGUACCACCUGGCGCACACUUGGACAUGAGGACGGGGCAGUUGGUGUCGCACAUGUUUCCUCCAGAUCAGGACCCUAAUUCUUUGGAACAUGAGGUCGGGAAGGUGUGGUAUAGAGGAGACGCUGCGUAG